UCAUGAUUUAGCAGUACGUACAGAAAACGUUUAUCUGGUUUAUAUAUUCCGUAAACAGUUCUACUUUCUUAAUGCAAUUGGCAACGGGAACGAGAGAAGUCUGAAAAAAUUAGUUAUAAAAAAGGAUUACACUACAGUAUCUUUACAGUUACUUUAUUUGAUGAGCUGAUGGACAGCAAGGUUAUCAAGUGUGACGUGGACUUUGGAAUGACCGUUGAUCCAGUCUUUGCAAGCAAGGCAUCUCCAAGUCACGAGUCCGAUAGCGGAUGUUCGGAUAUGAGUGAGGUUAGGUCAGUAUCGCCUCUAAGUGAAGUAGAUUUUAUGUCGGCAGAUGGUGAAGUUAAGUUAUUUGAUUUUGAGUCGGUGGCGGUUGAUGAAGAUAAUGAACUUGACAAGGAGCUUGAGACAUAUUUGGCAGUCCCACUAUCAAGUGAAACUAGAGCGAAUCUGAAAACGCCAGAAGUUCAAGUCCGGCCUGUUAUAAAUUUACCUGAUCAAGGUAGUCCAGACAUAGAAGUGGAUUCCGAUUCAAAUGAUCCAGAUUAUAUGCCAAAGCAGAGAAUAAUUCAGUCAAGGGCUUUGAGAGAAAAACAGAUGCCAGAAGCAAAUCCUUGUGCAUCCGUCAUUCAAGUUCCAUUUAUGAAAAAUUCUCAUCAAACUGAUAUUCAUAUCUUGCGUUCUAGUUCCAAAACAAACAGUUAUGACAAAAAGUGCAUUUCAAAGGCAUCUCCACCAGCAGUUAAAGUUGUCAAGGUUGUGAAGACAGCAGCUCAAACAAAACAAGAAAUUGAUGAUGAACUUCUUAAAGCUCUUGACGACAGAAACAAAAAGAAUGCGGUUCAAGCCAAGAUGAAUAGGGAAAAGAAAAAGGCUUAUAUCAAAAGUUUAGAAGAUGAAAUUGAAGAAUUGAAGUGUGAAAACUUUACUCUCAAAGAAAAUGAACGAAAAGUUUCAAAUGAAAGAAAUGAACUUAAAGAAGAAAUUGAAUAUUUAAAAAGUGUUCUCGCUAACCAGAGUGCAUUGUCAGGGCUUUUGAAAAACAUUGGAAAUGUAGAGAAUGUUAAGCUUUCAUCUUCUCUGAAUCGUAAGAGGAGUGCUGACCUUGACCAUGAUUAUCACAAUGUAGUAAAGCGCGGAAAAUUGACGGUGAGGAAAACAGCAGGGGUUUGUUUGCAUGUUGACCAAGGGAAUGUGUCCCUAGAGUUCUGCUCAAAGUGUGCCUCAAUGGCAAAAUCUGGAGAAAUGGAAUGAUGUUCAUGAAAUUCAAAGUGAAUAAUAAAUACUUGCAUCAGGAUUGCAUAGAAAAUGUGCAGCACCAAUUGCACCAUUACCUGCAUAUAUUUACAGAGUGCUUGGUUGGUAAGCCAGGUACAAGUAAACAAAACCAGAUUAUGGUUAUAAAUGUUCUGUUGUAACAUAUAGAAUUAUGGUCUAUGGAAUUGAACAGGAAAUGACCAUAUGAUGAUGCAGAAAAGAAUGGCGACUGUAGCAGAAUUGAAACUAUGUUGGUCGUAUUACAUGUUCCAACUUGACAGAGGGUCGUUGCACUAUUCCUGACCCCAGGAGUGCUUGCUCCAAAUGUGCCCAAUACUUUAAAUUCGAAAUCCUGAUUCGAGAUUGGCCAAGAGAAAGUUGUAGAUGGGGAAAGUUAAAGUUCCAAGAAUUUAGAAAAUGAAUUGCAAGGAAAAGCAAAGGGUGGUAUUGGAAAAAAUAUACUCUUGUAUAUAUAAAAAGAGUUUUUUUGAAAACGUAUGAAAAAUGUUUUCUGUUAACAUGUACAUUUCUGAUGACUACUAUGCGUUAUGCCUCUAACCUGUAGUUUUUACAUUAUUUAUCUACAGAAUUUGUAUCAUGUGUAUAUUUAAUAUUGAAAAGUGCUAGAAUUUUGUCUUUGGUUAAGUUAAAAAUUGAAAAUGUAUAAUUGAAAUGUUAAUUACAUUGACUUUAAUGUGUUGAUACAUGACAUGCCAUUGAUGAAGAGAAAUUUGUAUACACUUGUAAUUAAACAUUGUCGAAAUUGUA